GUCGUCCAGGUCCGCUCGAUAACCGGUUCGCGUGCGCCCGGCUCCGACCCGGGGGGGAAAGAGUCCCGGAGCCGAGCCGAGCGGGCCUCGUGCCGCCUCCGGAACACGCAGCCCCCAUGGCUGGAAGUUACGGAGUGAUGGGUGAUGAUGGUUCUAUUGAUUAUACUGUUCACGAAGCCUGGAAUGAAGCCACGAAUGUUUACUUGAUUGUGAUCCUUGUUAGCUUCUUUCUCUUCAUGUAUGCCAAGAGGAAUAAAAGGAAAAUCAUGAGAAUAUUCAGUGUGCCGCCUACCGCAGAAACUUUGUCAGAACCCGACUUUUAUGACACAAUAAGCAAAAUUCGUUUGAGACAGCAACUGGAAAUGUAUUCCAUUUCAAGGAAAUACGACUAUCAGCAGCCACAAAACCAACCCGACAGUGUGCAGCUCUCAUUGGAAUGAAAUUCAGAAAAUGAGUAACAGAAGUAAUUACUGCUAAACUGUACUGUAGCAAGCUCCUAGUUCUUUCUGUAAAAUCAUGUACAUUUUUUUAACUCUGCACAAAAUCAUUUUACUUGUGACUCUUCCCCAAUAUUUUUGUUUGUUUUGUUUUUAAUUGUAUCUGCAAGUCAUUUGUUACACAAAUAAAAGUGGCUCAAAGGGCCUGCACACAGCCUGCAUAUACCUAGGAUGAUGUGAUACAACCAGAGGUUAAUGGUUGCACCUUGUGAAGAGCUUUGAUUUCUUCAGCAUACAGUCAGUCAGGAAUAAAAACACAUCUUUGGAAGUGAGAAUCCUGGCACUUAUCCUACCGUAAUUUGAACGUUCUUGCAAAAUUAAAAAAAAAAAAAAAAAGAAUCCAGCCAUUGGAAUAAUUUCCUCUUAGAUUGUAUUCUGUGGUAACUGUAAUAUCAGUAAUAUACCAAUUUAUGUUCUUAUUGCUAUUGUUAUACUCUUUAAUUGAAUUAACUAUCCUGGCUUCUUCAGUAUUUACACAGGAAAUAUUUGUAUACUCAUUUGUAUGGGUAUGCGUUAUGAAGUCUUGUGCUUCAUAAAGAAUACCCACCUGCUUAUUUUAGAAGCUUUCUGUGACUGGAAAACUCCCCACCCCCACCCCCCUUUCGUAGGAGUUUGUUUGUUUGUUUCCCCAGUUUCAUUUCCACCAAUUGGGUCUUCUUUAGGCCAUACCAGGGCCAUGCUGUUGAAUAAAUGGACACCUCUAUUUUGAUGUUGCAAUCCUGCUUUUCAGCCAUAUUACUCUCAUUGUUUAAUGUUACUGUCUGGUUAGUUAUGCUUUUUUAGUAUAUUGAACUUCCCUGAAGACCUUGAUAUCUUGCACCAUUUUGUACUGUAAAAUGGAAUGUUUUUACAUAAUUUUUCAUAUUUAAAGAUUAAUUGGAAGUGGUGUGAAAGUUCAAUUAUUGAUAUAACUCAAAGCAUCAGUUUUUUAAUCAAAGCUAUUCUUAAUUUUAAGAAUUAGAGUUAAUAAUAAUUGUAAGUAUUAUUUUCUUUUUCCUUUAUAAUUGUGAAAUAAUAUGAAUUUUAAGUGAAAAAUUAAGGUUUAGACCAAAUAUAUCUUUCAGGGAAAUUGCAUUUAAUUUUCAAAUUUAACUAUAUCAUUCAGAUAUAUAUUACAGUGUGAAUUGUUGACCAAAAGGAAUAAUUCUUUCUUAACUCACAAAUGCGUUUUAAUGCACUACCUAUACAUGGAAUUAAAAAUUGGAUAAAAGACUGUAAAGAGUUAUAAUUAUGGGAUGGGGGUGGUAGAAUGGCAAGGAAAUAAUCUUUUCAAUCUUUGCUUUGCUCUUAGGAUAUUCUAUGAAAAGAGAAUUUAAUCAGUAGUAGGAGGAAAGGUUUAUUUGUUGUCACUGAUGUAGCAUAAUCUGGACAAAUUACAUAAACUGGCUAUCUCAGAUCACUUGUAAAAAUAAUGUACCUAAAUAAAUUAAAUCACAUGAUGAAAUUAAUUGUUUUAUUUGCAUCCACUAGAAGAGAUGGUCAUAACUAAAAACAGGUAGAUUGUUUGGUGAGCAUCAAAUCUUGGCAAGUGGAAGAGGACACAUUCCUCCUCAUUUUUUCUUGAAGCUAACUGAUGAGAAUCAUGCACACCCACUGACAGGAACAACACCAAGUCUGGCUUUGAAGUUUCUUCACUGCUUCAACAGCUGAGCUGGGUGAGGGGUGGAAACCCUGCAACCACACUUCAAAGUGACACCAGCUGAUUGGCCUGCCUCUGCCCCUGCAUCCACCAGCAAUUCAAUGGAGCUGCGUUUUUUUGGAAGAAAAAUGGAAUGACUGAUAAACUGAGUUUCUGCUGCUCUUGUAAAUAGAAAUGACAGAGGUUCUCACUGUCUUGAAAGAGUGGCUCCAUCCCUGGAGUUCUUAUGAAAAAAUACUUUGACAGAUUUCAAACCAGUGGAAGAAAGUUGAGGAUUUCUAACUGCAACCAGCUGUUGUUGCUAAACUUAACUGCAAAUGCUUUUGACUUCAGUAAUCUGAAUUUCUUGAGAAAAAGGUACCAAAUUGUGCCAGUUUGAAUAUAUUGUGUCCCCCAAACGCCAUUAUCUUUGAUGCAAUCUUGUGGGGCAGACAUUUUAGUGCUGAUUAGAUUGGAAUUCUUUGAAUGUUUCCAUGGAGCUGUGCCC